AUGCUUCUGCAGCUGCUCAGCUUUGCUGCUCUUCUUGCUUGUGCCCAUUGCCAGUGUCAGCCGGGCUGGAGGGAGUAUGAGAAUAAAUGUUACUUAUUUUCCGCUGAUAAAAAGUCAUGGACGGAGGCUAACGCCUUUUGUUCGUCUCAGAGCGGCAACCUGAUGAGUAUUCUGGACAUUCAUGAGAGGUUGUGGAUGAGAACACAAAUUGGCACAGAAAUCUACUGGAUUGGCCUGAACGACCAUGUCUCAGAAGGAGUCUAUGAGUGGAGUGAUGGGAGCCCUUUCAUACCAUACUUAUCAUACUGGAAGACCGGCCAGCCUGACAACUGGGGCGAUGAGCCCGGAGAGGACUGUGGGCAGGUGUUGGGAGCGAACGAUGGACAGUGGAACGAUGAGAACUGCAAUGCUAAGAGGAAAUAUAUCUGCAAGCACGUCAAUCCGAAUCCUGGCCCUCAGUGUGACUUAGCUAACGGCUGGAGACAGUACGGCUCUAACUGCUACAAGCUGAACGCGAACACCAGGAAGAGUUGGAUGGCAGCGAGACAUGACUGUGUGCAGGAGGGAGGAGACCUGGUGUCCAUCACCUCAGCAGAAGAAGAGCUGUACGUCACAGGAACACUGGACCCAUCAUGGAUUGACCUCUGGAUCGGGCUUUCCACACUGGUGAGAGGAACAUAG